AUGCCUUCUUUCACCGUCUACAAGGGCUCCAAGGAGGGCAAGAUCGUCAAGGCUCAGACUACCAAGCCUGACCUCCAGGACGACCAGGUCCUCAUCAAAGUAACCGCCUCCGGUCUCUGCGGAACCGAUGAGCACUACAAGGAAGCCGACAUGGCUCUUGGCCACGAGGGAGUCGGUAUCGUCGAAGAGCUUGGACCUAACGUCAAGGAGCUGAAGAAGGGUGACCGCGUCGGAUGGGGAUACGAGCACAACUCCUGCGGCCGCUGCGACCAAUGUCUCACAGGCCGUGAGACAUACUGCAACCAGCGCGAGAUGUACGGCUCAGCGAACCUCGACCAGGGUAGCUUUGCUUCCCACGCCGUCUGGCGCGAGGCUUUCGUCUUCAAGAUUCCCGAUGAGUUGAGCGAUGCUGAGGCCGCACCUCUGAUGUGCGGUGGUGCCACCGUCUUCAACGCCCUCCACACCUACAACGUCAAGCCCACCGACCGUGUCGGUGUAAUGGGUGUCGGUGGUCUUGGUCACUUGGCCAUCCAGUAUGCUGCCAAGAUGGGCUGCGACGUCGUCGUCUUCUCCGGUUCAGACAACAAGAAGGACGAGGCCAUGAAGCUCGGCGCAAAGGAGUUCAUCGCCAUGAAGGGAAAGACUGAGAUCAGCGUCAGCCGCCCUGUUGAUGCUCUCCUCGUCACCACCUCCGUCAUGCCUGACUGGAAGAUGAUGCUUCCUGUCCUAAACUCCAACGCCAUCAUCUUCCCCAUGACCGUUUCCUUUGACGAUUUCGCCAUCCCCCACAUGGGCCUCAUCUCCAAGGGUAUUACUGUUCAGGGUUCUGUUGUCGCUGCAAGGGCUGUCCACCGCAACAUGUUGGCCUUCUCCGCGCUACACGGCAUCAAGCCCAUCAACAUGGAGUUCCCGUUGACCGAGAGCGGUAUCGAGGAGGCUAUGACCACACUGAGGGAUGGAAAGAUGAGGUACCGUGGUGUGCUCAAGCCCCAGUAG